AUGUCUGCAGCGGUGGAGUCGGUGUCUCGCAGCCAGGAUCUCGAGGAUCAAGAUACACCACAAGAUCUCAAUGGAGACGACGCGUCAGACAACGAUGAGGAUCUUUUCGGCGAUGAUGACGAAGAAUUGGACCCAGGCAAUGAUCUGCAUAGGAAAUUGGAUGACUCCGAACUCGACUCCGGUGACGAUGAAAGCCGAACAGAUCGAGUGGCCGCCACCGUGGAGGACGAUGAAGAAUUAUACGAAGAACAGAAACAAUUGAAAUUGCUCGAUGUGGACAUGGCAAGGGUGAAGCCGCCAGAGGGAGAUGAGCUCUACCUCCUCACCAUGCCACCGUUCUUGGGAGUUAAUCACCGCAACUUCGUCCCAGCAACAUACGAACCUCCAGAGAAACCACACGACGGUCGAGAUCCCUCCGCCGACCCCACCGUCAAGUUCUCUCCGUUCUCAACAGCAGCUAGUACGAUUUUCUGGCGUCGCGACCCCCAAAACCCCGAACUGCUACAGUCAAAUUCCCGCAUAAUUCGCUGGUCUGAUGGUAGCUUGACCCUUCAAAUCGCCUCAUCCCCAAAAGAUCACUAUCGCAUCUCUACUACGGCCUUACGGCAGAGCUGGCCGAAGAAGCCAGGCUCGUCCCAACAAGAAUAUGAUCCGAACAGAGACACUCACAACUAUCUUGCCGCUCCGCAUGCGACGGCCGGUAUCGACCUGCAAAUAAUAUCCCCGUUCGAUGCAUCCAUGAAGAUUCAACCGACCGGUGACCUGAUCGACGAAUCGGUGUUGAAAUUACAACAAUCUCUAAAAGCAGCUACUCAGAUACAUGAUCCACUUGCGACAUUGAAGCAAGUGAAAGAAGACCCAGAACUCGCGAAGAAAGCAGCAGAGAUGUUCGAGAAAGAGCGAUCGCGGGCCAGUCGCAAGCGAGAGGUUGCGGAAGAUCGACUGCUCAUGCGCAAAGACCGUGUGCUUGGUCGCUCUGGACUCGGACGCAGCGGUGGGGGCGGGCUGAGCAUCGCCGGUCUAGAAGAUGACGAUGGCAUGCCACUGGCUCGGGGUAAGAAAUCCAAGGCUAAACGCCGUAAGACUAACCGCCGUGGCGACAUCUACUCGGACGAUGAGGACGAAGACAUGCCACGCGGACGCGGCAGAGAGGACGAAUACGAUCGUGAAGACGACUUCCUGGCCGCGAGCGAUGAGGAGCCAGAAAUCUACGACGACGGUGGCGAAGAAGUCGAGGCCGAAGAGGAGGAUGACCCAGACAUUGACGACCUCGAGAUUGAGGGCCGCGAAACGGUUAUCGAGAAUCGCACACGAGGUGGCAAUGAGCGUGACGGCUUGGAGCGCGCGCGCGAGAGAGUCAGAGAUCGAGGCUCGCCAAAGCGUGCUGCCGACAAUGACGACGAAGACGAACCGGUCCCCACAGGCAGUCCGCAGGCAAGGAAGAAGAGACGAGUCAUUGAUGAUGACGAUGACGAUGACGAGUGA